AUGGCAGUCGUUGACAGUGAAUGCAAGUACGUGCUCAUUGAUGUGGGCGCCGAAGGUCGGCUAAGCGAUGGAGGGACAUUCAAGAACUCUGACUUAGGCCGUGCCCUCAGUCAUGGCCAACUUGACAUCCCCUCGCUUGGGCGACUUCCGGACACAUCAACAAACACCCCGUACGUCUUUGUUGGGGACGAGGCCUUCCAGUUGAGGAAGGAUUUCAUGCGACCGUUUCCAGCCAGGCACCUCAGCGACGAGAAACGCAUCUUUAACUACAGGCUCAGCCGGGCAACGCGCUGUGUGGAAAAUGCCUUUGGCAUUACUGCUGCCAGGAAGAGAGUACUGUUGCGCACCAUCAACCUGCAACCGGAGAAUGUUGAUUUUGUUGUGAAAGCUACCCGUGUGCUGCACAACUUUCUAACUAUCUAUAACCCGCAGGCCCACCAGUUCCCGGAUAGGGAAGAAAGCUAUGGGAAUGUUGUUGCAGGAAACUGGCGGCAAACCAUGCAAGCUACAACAGGCAAUGAUUUUUUUUCUGUUCGGGCGACGCACUCAAGGAACCACCACGUGGAUCCAGCUGCUGCCAGGGACUUGUUCACUGACUACUUCUGCAGCAGUGCUGGCCAGGUGCCUUGGCAGUGGCACCAACCAGGAGUGUCCGAGGAGGCAGCUCUGAACCACAUGUGUUAG